AUGUCUCUGGCAGCCCCUCUUGGAUACUUGACACAGCCUGGGCGUGACCUGGGUCGGGCCAUCCUACCCUUCAUCGCCCAGGGCUCGGAGGAGAGGGAGAGGGGAAGAAGGCAGUCAAGCAUUUUACUGUUGCACAAGACGAGGGCCCUUGUUCUGCACCAGCGGAAUGUCACGUGGGCAUCCAUGAGGAUCUUCCUUGAACGUCGAGCAUUUGACUUGACCGCUGAGGCACCGCCCUUGGGUCAUCCCUUCUCCUUAAGCGCGCGCGCGCGUUGGAACAUCUGCAUUGACACAUAG